GUGACCAUAAUAUCAAAGUUACUAGUUUUCAAUUGUCGAACCUGCUUGUCAAGCACACUAGAUGACUGUGUGAUUUUUCAUUGUUGAGUUUACGCCGAUUUUGUAAAGAAAAUGGGACAAAGCCAGUCAGGUCCCGGUGGUGGUGGUGAUAAAAAGGAAGAAAAGGAUAAAAAGAAGAAAUAUGAGCCCCCAAUACCUACAAGAGUAGGCAAGAAGAAGCGCCGUACUAAAGGUCCUGAUACUGCUCUUAAAUUGCCAGCAGUUACUCCACAUACUAGGUGUCGGUUGAAAUUGCUUAAACUGGAAAGGAUCAAGGAUUAUGUUCUUAUGGAGGAGGAGUUUAUUCGUAACCAAGAGAGGCUCAAGCCCCAGGAAGAAAAGAAUGAAGAAGAGAGAUCCAAAGUUGAUGAUCUUAGAGGAACACCAAUGUCUGUGGGAACUUUGGAAGAAAUAAUAGAUGAUAAUCAUGCAAUUGUGUCAACUUCAGUAGGUAGUGAACACUAUGUAAGCAUUUUGUCUUUUGUUGACAAAGACCAACUUGAACCUGGUUGUUCUGUUCUGCUAAAUCAUAAAGUGCAUGCUGUUGUGGGAGUUCUUGGUGAUGAUACAGAUCCUAUGGUGACUGUCAUGAAACUUGAGAAAGCACCACAGGAAACUUAUGCAGAUAUUGGUGGUUUGGACACUCAAAUUCAAGAAAUUAAAGAAUCUGUGGAGUUACCCUUAACUCAUCCUGAGUACUAUGAAGAAAUGGGUAUUAAACCUCCCAAAGGUGUUAUAUUAUAUGGCCCUCCAGGAACUGGAAAAACGUUACUAGCUAAAGCAGUAGCAAAUCAAACAUCAGCAACAUUUUUAAGAGUAGUUGGCUCUGAGUUGAUUCAAAAGUAUCUAGGUGAUGGUCCAAAACUUGUAAGGGAAUUGUUCAGGGUUGCUGAAGAGCAUGCUCCUUCUAUUGUGUUUAUUGAUGAAAUUGAUGCAGUAGGAACAAAACGUUAUGAUUCAAAUUCCGGUGGCGAACGUGAAAUUCAAAGGACUAUGUUGGAGUUACUUAAUCAGCUGGAUGGUUUUGAUUCUAGAGGAGAUGUAAAGGUCAUCAUGGCAACAAAUAGAAUUGAAACACUGGAUCCUGCUUUGAUCCGACCUGGUCGUAUUGAUAGGAAAAUUGAGUUCCCACUUCCCGACGAGAAGACAAAGAAGAGAAUUUUCAGCAUUCACACAUCAAAAAUGACUUUGGCUGAAGAUGUAAACUUACAGGAAUUAAUUAUGGCAAAGGAUGAUCUCUCAGGAGCUGAUAUUAAAGCAAUUUGCACUGAAGCAGGUCUUAUGGCUCUCAGAGAGAGGAGGAUGAAAGUUAUGAAUGAAGAUUUUAAGAAGUCUAAGGAGAGUGUUUUGUACAGGAAGAAGGAGGGAACUCCUGAAGGACUGUAUUUGUAAUUUAAUUUUUCAUGCAGUUACAAGUGUUAUUUUAUGUUCACAAUUUACUAUCAAAUGAAUAAAAUAAUACGACUACUAUUUCUACUA